AUGGAGCACCAUGACUACUGCAGUCAACAAGCUUUAUUUAGCUCUGUGUAUUACCUUACACUCAAUGCAGAAAAAUGCAGACAGUACAGACAAAACACUGCAGACAUCUCAUGUAUUUCCCACAUAAAAGGUAAGCGAGAAAGUAAAAACUGUUCUUAGAGCUGUUCUAAUGCUGAGCCGCUCAGUGAUUGUUUGAAACACAAGAAGUUGGCUCACUUCUCAGGCUUGUGGCAGGCUUUCGUUCUUUCUAUUGUUACUAAAUGCAUAUUCAGUUUGUAAUAUUUCUGUAUUUCUUGUACCAGACACUAGACAUUUAGAGCAUCUGGUAAAGCCAGUGAUCCAGGAGCCAUCAAACAAAAUGUUCUUUGAAAAUGCCCACCUGCAACAGCCCCGUUGCUACCAUGAAUUCUUUCUGCGCAGUCGACCCUACAGGGGGGAGCCGCCAACAGUGGCAGGAUUUCUCCUCUACCCAGACACACCUGUAAAGAUGGAGACCACAUCUCGAGAGGCAUUCAGUUUCAGAUCUGCCCCACAACGAAACAGAGGCAAAGGAGACCGUACAACCUUGAGCACACAGCAGGAGUCAUUCCAUCCUCAUCCCACAUCCUCAAGACAAACAGGAAAAGGAAACAGCAACAGGGCCAUACAAACAAAAGGGGAUGAGCAAGAAGGCAUCGACACACACUCUAAGACACCAUCUGCGUACAACAAAGAACAUACAACAGAAAUGAAGUCUCAGUAUCAGAAGGAUUUCCCUCCUCCGUCCUCCUGUCGCAUGAGGCGAACACCUGCCCUCCCACAGCCCGACAACAUCGGCAUCAACCCCGCCUUCAGGAUCGAGUUUAGCACAGUCCAAAGAGAUGCAUACCCAGCCCACCCCAUCAAGAACACCAGGCAUGCUGGCAGGCUGAGAGCAGCUUUAUCCACACACCAAAUCUGAGCUGGGAGUGUAAAUCGGCAAAUAUAUGAGAAGUAAGCUGGUCCAACAAAAAGCUUUUGACAAGGAGGUGAUGCCUUCACCUCAGAC